AUGACUACAAGAUGUUGGGUAGCCAAGGAAGGGGUUCGCAGCAAUUCUAAAUGGUUUGAAGAAUGUGUUGCUGCUUUAGUUUUUCUUCUGUCAGAGCAGUUUGCCAACUGUGAUUGGAAAGUCUGCCGUUCUUGCAUAUGCUUUCACUGCUGCUGGUCUAGCACAGGGAAAAGAAAUGAAGGCACAGGCACGGGUGAGCGAUCAGUGGAGCAGAAGCCGUCGGUCAUUGCCCCUCCUGAUGUGAAAUGCAUGAUGCACACCUCAAGACUCUCCCCAGCGAAUCCUGGGGCCUCUAGCAGCACUAGGCUGUUCUGGCUGGGGGUCUGCUCCUCCAGACAAGACCACGUUGAAAAUGUCCGCUUGGCAGAUCGAGUAACUUCUAAAAAAGCAGUCGUGGGUACUUUGUAUUUGACGGCUACUCAUGUCAUAUUUGUAGAAAAUGCACCUGACACAAGAAAAGAAACAUGGAUUCUUCACAGUCAGAUUUCCACCAUUGAAAAACAGGCAACGACUGCUACUGGAUGUCCCCUGCUUAUCCGCUGCAAGAACUUUCAGAUCCUACAGCUCAUCAUACCACAGGAGAGAGAUUGCCAUGAUGUGUAUAUCUCUUUGAUACGACUCGCAAGGCCAGUGAAAUAUGAGGAGCUGUACUGCUUUUCCUUCAACCCCAAGCUGGAUAAAGAAGAAAGGGAACAAGGCUGGAUGCUGGUUGAUCUUGGUGAAGAAUACAAGCGAAUGGGCCUCCCUAAUGACUACUGGCAGCUCAGCGACGUGAAUAGGGACUACAGAGUUUGUGACUCUUAUCCUACUGAACUGUAUGUUCCCAAAUCAGCCACAGCACACAUCAUACUGGGGAGUUCCAAAUUCCGGAGCAGACGGCGAUUUCCGGCCCUUUCUUACUACUAUAAAGACAACCAUGCCUCCAUCUGCAGGAGCAGCCAGCCUCUGUCUGGCUUCAGCGCUCGGUGCUUGGAGGACGAGCAGAUGCUGCAGGCCAUCAGGAAAGCCAAUCCCGGAAGUGACUUCAUUUAUGUUGUGGACACUCGGCCUAAACUUAAUGCAAUGGCAAACCGUGCUGCAGGGAAAGGCUAUGAGAAUGAAGACAAUUAUUCCAAUAUCAAGUUUCAGUUUAUCGGGAUAGAAAACAUCCAUGUCAUGAGGAACAGUCUGCAGAAAAUGCUUGAAGUGUGUGAACUUAAAUCUCCCUCCAUGAGUGAUUUCCUGUGGGGUCUGGAGAACUCUGGCUGGUUAAGGCACAUUAAGGCCAUCAUGGAUGCAGGAAUCUUCAUUGCAAAGGCAGUUUCAGAGGAAGGGGCAAGCGUGCUUGUGCACUGUUCUGAUGGCUGGGACAGGACUGCCCAGGUGUGCUCAGUGGCAAGCCUCCUGCUGGACCCGCACUACCGCACUUUGAAGGGCUUCAUGGUAUUAAUUGAAAAAGACUGGAUUUCCUUUGGUCAUAAGUUUAAUCACAGAUAUGGCAUUCUAGAUGGUGACCCAAAAGAAAUCUCUCCAGUUAUUGACCAGUUUAUUGAGUGUGUCUGGCAGUUAAUGGAACGGUUUCCCUGUGCCUUUGAGUUCAAUGAGAGGUUUUUGAUUCACAUUCAACAUCACAUUUAUUCUUGCCAGUUUGGAAACUUCCUAUGUAACAGCCAAAAAGAGAGACAAGAACUCCAAAUUCAAGAAAGAACAUACUCUUUAUGGGCACACCUGUGGAAGAAUCGGGCUGACUACGUGAAUCCACUAUUUAGAGCUGAUCACAGUCAGACCCAGGGAAUCCUCCAUCUCCCAACAACACCGUGCAACUCCAUGUACAAGUUUUGGAAUGGAAUGUAUAACCGCUUUGAAAAGGGGAUGCAGCCCCGACAGUCAGUCACAGAGUACCUCAUGGCAGUGAAGGAAGAGACGCAGCAGCUGGAGGAAGAGCUAGAGGCCCUAGAAGAAAGGUUGGAAAAAAUUCAGAAAGUCCAGUUAAAUCACACUAAGGUGAAGAGUAAGCAAAAUGAACCCAGCAAACAUUCAGGAUUUUCUACCUCAGACAACAGCACAGCCAACACUCCCCAGGAUUACAGUGGGAAUAUGAAAUCAUUUCCAUCCAGGAGCCCUUCACAAGGUGAUGAAGAUUCUGCCCUGAUCCUAACCCAAGACAACUUGAAAAGCUCAGAUCCAGAUCUGUCAGCCAACAGUGAUCAGGAAUCUGGAGUCGAGGACUUGAGCUGUCGGUCUCCAAGUGGUGGUGAGCAUGCACCGAGUGAAGACAGUGGCAAGGACCGGGAUUCUGAUGAAGCUGUGUUUCUCACUGCCUGAAUUUUCCCUUUGAACUUCUAAAAUAAAGGACAUAUACAACACACUUCCAAAAGCAAGGGAACAGUGCAAUUCAAGAUAAAAAUAACUCAAGAAAUGUUGUGUCAUUGAGAAAUAUAAAAUACAGCUGUAA